UUGCCACUGCAAUGGGGCGAGAACGAAAUCACGGCGGUGUUUGGGCAGUUUGGCGUCCUGACCAGCCUUCGGCUUGUACGGCACUCGGUCACCAAGCAUAGCCUCGGAUAUGGGUUUGUGCGAUAUGGCAGCGUGGGGGAGGCACAGGCAGCCAUCAGCACCCUGGAUGGCACGUCAGUGCUUGGCCACACGCUGCAAGUCAAGUUUGCAGAUGCCGACGCAGGUGCGAGGGCAGUCGUGCCGCUGCCCAGGCAUGGGAUGCCAGGCAAUGCUGACCGGCUGUGGGUGUUCGAGAACUUUUCACGCUAUGGCGCCGUUGCCGGCCUGCGCAUUCUCAUUGAUGAGGCCAGCGGGUUGUGCAAUGGCACAGGGUGA